AUGUCGCCCUUCGUCAGCAUCGACGCUAGGCGCGACGUCAGACCAGCAGGCGUGUUCUGCCAGGCAACGUAUAGCAGCGGCAGUCAGAGUAUAGCCCGGCCGUUCAGCCACGAACAUUCAAAACUGCUCUGCUCAGGAUCGACCGGUGAUGGAGGACUGGUCAGGUGGGAGGACAGAUGAAGGCUGCAUGCUUGAUCUUGGCGUCGGCCAUCUUGACCCAAGGAAUGAGGCAAAUCGAUUUGAGAAUAGUGUCAAUGUGAAGCAGCAGCACGAAUAA